UCUACCAAAUAAUAAAUCAUGUGCUGUUCAACGCCUAAUGUCCUUGGAACGAAGGCUCAGGAGAGACCAGCAAUACUGCACUGACUACUUGGAGUUUAUGAAAGACAUCAUUGCUCGUGGCGAUGCAGAAAAGGUCCCUGAAGAAGAGCUUCACAAUCAACCAGUCUGGUAUAUUCCCCACCAUGGCGUUUACCACCCCCAAAAGCCUGGGAAGAUUCGAGUGGUCUUUGAUUGCUCAGCAAGGUUUCGAGAAACAUCACUAAAUGACCAACUUCUUACUGGACCAGAGCUCACAAACACCUUGGUGGGAGUCCUUUGUAGGUUUCGUAAAGGCCCGAUUGCCAUCAUGUGCGACGUGGAAAAAAUGUUUCACCAGUUCCACGUAAGGCCUGAGCGCCAAGACUACCUCAGGUUCUUAUGGUGGGAGAACGGUGAUCUAGAGUCUCCACCCUCAAUUUUUCGGAUGAAGGUCCACCUAUUUGGGGCAGCCUCCUCACCUGGUUGUGCCAAUUUUGGACUUAAGCAUCUAGCCGCUCAAGGUCAGGAUAAAUUUAAUCCAAACACUGUUAAGUUCAUCCAAAGGAAUUUUUAUGUUGACGAUGGAUUAGUGUGCACAACAUCUGAAGCUGAAGCAAUUCAACUGAUUAAGGAAGCGAGAGACCUUUGCAGCACAGGCAAGCUUAGACUACACAAAUUUAUCUCCAACAGCAAGGAGGUAUUGAAAUCCGUUCCGAAGGACGAGUGUGCUGAAAGUGUCAAGGACAUGGAUAUGGCUUUGGUAGAGCCACUCAUGGAAAGAGCUCUUGGCGUUCAAUGGUGUGUAUCCUCUGAUGACUUCCAGUUCAGAGUAACUGUCAAGGAACACCCAAAUACCAGAAGAGGAGUACUUUCUACAGUAGCCUCCAUCUACGAUCCAUUGGGGUUCGUAGCGCCUUUUAUUCUCCGUGGAAAGCAGAUCCUACAACAACUGUGUCGAGACAAAGUAACUUGGGAUGAGCCGCUCCCAUUAGAGCUAAGAGCGCAGUGGGAAAUCUGGCUACAAGAUCUUCGAAACUUAUCUAAUGUAAGGAUCAGAAGGUGCUAUGUCCCAGAUAACUUCAAGGAUGUCAAGCAGUACGAACUUCACCACUUCUCAGAUGCAAGUGUCAUCGGUUAUGGGGAAUGUACUUACCUCAGAGCAGUCGACGUCAAGGGAGAGGUUCAUUGCACGCUAGUCAUGGGUAAGGCACGGGUUGCUCCUACCAAGGUAACCACAGUGCCACGGCUUGAGUUGACGGCUGCAGUUGUAGCAGCAAGAACAAGUGUUAUGCUCAGAAAUGAGCUUGAAAUAGAGGGUCUUAAAGAACAUUUUUGGACUGACUCAAAGGGCGUCCUCGGCUAUAUAAACAAUGACGCCAGACGGUUUCAUGUGUUUGUAGCGAACAGAAUCCAAAGAAUCAAGUCCACUACAGAUCCUGCACAAUGGCACUUUGUAAAGUCUGAAGAUAAUCCUGCAGAUCAUGCGUCGAGAGGUCUCUCCGCAGAUCAGCUUGUUGCUUCAAAUUGGUUCACUGGCCCAGAUUUUUUAUGGGAAAGAGAGCUACCCAAAGGAGAUGUUAUGGUGGGAGAAGUCUAUGAUGAUGAUCCGGAACUUAGAAAGGCCCUGGUGCUUAACACCAAGAUGAUGGAGAAGAGGUCAUUGUUAGACCGCCUAACAAAGUUCUCUGACUGGAAAAGAGCUGUUAAGGCUAUUGCUCUUCUAAAACGCCAUGCUAAGCUGAUCAAGGGCAUCAAAAAUAAAGUAAGUGGAGCUACAAGUAUUGAGGACAGACAGGAAGCAGAGCUGUUUAUAAUCAAGUUGGUUCAGAGGGAAGCAUUCAGCAGUGAAAUCAGAGGUAUAACGCAAGGCAAGGAAGUAAAACCCAAAAACAACAAACUACACAAACUGAGUCCGUUUGUAGAUGAGCAUGGUGUGCUUAGGGUAGGAGGACGUUUGACAAGAUCUGUUCUUCAUCCUCAUGUCAAGCAUCCUGCCAUUGUGCCAAAUAAGAGUCAUGUAUCAUUGUUGCUUAUUAAGCACUACCAUGAAAAGGUGCAGCAUCAAGGAAGAGGAAUGACUGCCAAUGAAUUGCGAUCCAAUGGAGUAUGGGUCAUAGGAUGUAACAGGGCAGUUGCCUCACAUAUUUACAAAUGUACAACAUGCAGAAAGUACAGAAGGAACACACAAGAUCCAAAAAUGGCAGAUUUGCCAGAAGAAAGAAUGGAAAUGACACCUCCUUUCACAUAUUGUGGCAUAGACUGCUUUGGACCAUUCUAUGUGAAGGAAGCAAGAAAGGAACUAUGGAAGAAAUAUGGUCUUAUUUUCACCUGUAUGUGCUCUAGAGCCAUACAUAUUGAAAUGCUUGAUGACCUUACGACAGAUGCUUUUAUCAAUGCAUUGCGUGGAUUCAUCGCAAUACGCGGACAUGUAAGACAGUUGAGAUGUGAUCAAGGCACUAACUUCGUAGGUGCAAGAGGAGAGUUCAUGAAGGCAAUGAAGAAUUUGGAUCAUGAACAGUUAAAGGAAUAUGGAUGUGAGUUCAUAAUGAACUUCCCAUCAUCGAGCCACAUGGGAGGCGUAUGGGAGAGGCAAAUAAGGACGAUCAGAAGUGUUUUAACCGCAAUCCUUGACCAGUCUGCUAAACGACUCGACAGUGCCUCGCUCAGAACCUUUCUGUAUGAAGUAAUGGCUAUUAUAAAUAGCAGACCUCUGACAAUCGAGCAUUUAAAUGACCCAACAAGCCUUGAACCUCUCACGCCCAAUCACAUUCUUAUGAUGAAGUCUAACAUAAUAUUCCCACCUCCAGGGGAGUUUGUGAGUCAGGAUCUAUACUUGCGCAAGAGAUGGCGCCAGGUGCAGUUUUUGGCAAACGAAUUUUGGACAAGGUGGAAGAAGGAGUAUCUCCUUAAUCUAAAGCAAAGACAAAUAUGGCAGAAAGAGAAGAGAAAUACGAAAGUUAACGACAUUGUCAUCCUGCAGGAGGACAGUUCUCCACGUAACCAAUGGAGAUUGGCAAGGGUGACAGAGGUGUAUCCGAGCACUGAUGGAAAGGUUAGAAAAGUGAAACUGUUAAUUAGUGACUCGACCUUAGACAGCCAGGGAAGACGCAUUACCAAGCCAGUCUACCUUGAUAGGCCUGUACAAAAGACAGUCGUAUUGCUUGAAGCAGAGUAAAGGUUAUGGUUGCUAUUUCAUAAAUACAGUAUUUUAUGUUACUGUAAGGUUUAAAGGCAUACUGUAUGGUUGAAAUUAAGGUGUGAAAAGGUUUAAAUUGUGAGGUGAAAUGACAAAAUAGUCAUUUGGUGGGAGUAUAACUGCCAUGCAUAUUAUUUCUGUUUUUUUAACAUGUUUUUUUUGUUAUUUGUUUCAUCUAUUCAUGAAUAUUGAGUGUUGAUGUUAACGAGGAGCUAAAGUACAUUUGCGUUGCACACGGACAUUUUUUAAGGUGCAACAAGGAAGUUUACAUUUUGAUGUUUUUCAUUUUUGUGUUUUGAACCGGGUAUUUUCAAGUGAACUCAUUCCCUCUUGGUUAUAUGCAGCCAGCGAGGUAUGUGUAUUACGUUUGUAUUUCCCGAGUGUAUUUGUAUUUACCUCUUUAUAUUGUAUGUGAACGUGUUUAUCCUUUACAUUGUCAUACUGUAGUUUGACGGUGGAUUUCACUGACGGUGAAUGUGAUGACGGAGAAAAGGAUGACAAAGCAA